ACACAAUAAAGGGUCGUAGAAUGGCAUCAGACUGUCCCGAAGUGUCAGCUUCCGGAGACCGCAGUGACCUGAUAUAUAUCACGAUUGAACAGUUGAAUAAUAGGCGUGGUCAUCCAUGGAACUCAACUGGAGCUCAUUAAGUUCGGGUGAAACAUAAAUAAAUUUGCUUUACCGUGCGGAGAGUCACGUUUAACAGUGGCCCGUUUAGUGGAUUAUAUUCCUAAUGGAGAUAAGGAACGACUACACGACCACCUUGGCCUUGGAAAUAUAGAUCAAGUAAAAUACUGUACAUGUAUAUACAGUAGAAUAUAUGCAUCUUUAUGGAGAGAGAUCGCAUGCUUCGAUGAUGUGACUUUGACCUGACGUGCCUACAUUAGCAGUGAUAUAGAAAUCUUCAGGCGCAUAUACGCAUGGGGGUCUAUAUCGAGUUUUCAUGACUCAAUUUCCAAAAAAAUGAAUGGAAAUAGAGUGGCUGUCAUCGGAGCUGGAGUCUCGGGACUUGUUGGAGUCAAAACGUGUUUGGAGGAAGGGCUCCAGCCCGUGUGUUUCGAGAAGCAACAACAACUGGGUGGCGCUUGGGUAUACGAUGAAGAUGGAGGCUCAGAUCCUAACGGUCCAGCGAGUGUCUACGACAAGCUCAUCACAAACAUCUGCAAAGAGAAUAUGGCCUACAGUGAUUUCCCGUACCCUCAACAUGUGCCUCCAUUUCCAAAGAGGCAAGACGUUCUGCAAUAUUAUAUAGAUUACGCAGAGAAGUUUAAUCUGAACAAGUACAUCAAGUUCGACACAGCCGUUGUAGAAGUCACAAAAACUGCAGAUUUUCAAGAAACAGGAAGAUGGAGUGUGCGGUUUAAACAUAAAGAUGGGAAGAUUGAAACAGAGAUAUUUAACGCUGUGUUGGUAUGUACUGGAAUGUAUUCGUCUGGUAUGGUUCCUGAUUACCCCGGGAAAAAUGAGUUCCAUGGUCAAAUCUUACACGGUGGUCAAUUCAGGACAGGGAGACAUUUUCAGAACAAGACGAUUCUAGUUAUCGGGUCUUCACAUUCAGCCGGUGAUAUCGCCUGCAUGAGCUGCGAUUAUGCCAAACAGGUUUAUAUGAGUAUGCGGGAUGGUGCUUGGAUCGUUCCUCGUAUCCUGAACGGACAACCUGCUGACACGUACGUCAACCAAAGAUGGAAAGACUUUAUACCAAAAUGGAUCUACAAUUACCUUGUGAAACGCGCGAUGGACUCCUCACAGGACUGGAGAACACUCGGCUUACAAAGCAGCAAGCAUCCCGCUUUCACCAAGUGUGUCAUGCUAAAUGACCAACUCCCUGUCAAGAUCAUGAGUGGUCAAGUCACGGUCCGGAGUGGUGUUGAACGGUUUGAAGGGUCAAGGGUAAUCUUUGACGACGGAUCCUACCUGGAAGAUGUAGAUUGCGUCAUAUGCGCCACCGGGUACAAUGUGAAAACUCCAUUCUUGGAGGAGAAUAUACUCUUCGAUCACUCGAAUCAGUUGGAGCUUUACAUGAACGUCAUACCACCCAAGCUUGCGCAUCCUACUCUUGCUGCCAUUGGCCUUUUCAGGUCACGUGGUGGUAUAGGAUCGACCGUUGAGCUUCAAGUACGGUACGCCAUCAGUGUCUUCAAGAAGGAGGUUAAACUGCCAAGCCGACAAGACAUGAUGGCGGAUAUUCUAAGGAGAAAGAGCGCCAUUAUCAAGCAUUUUGGUGGUGAAUUUCAACCAAGGAUCCUUCCGACGACAUACAACGACGAGCUUGCUCGAGCCAUUGGAGCUUUACCAAAUAUCUGGAGUCUGGUGUUUUCGGAUCCGAUCCUGGCCUACCACUACUACUUUAGUCCAGCGUAUCCACCUUGGACCAGGCUGGUGGGUCCGUACUCCAAACCUGAUGCUCGGCAAAGGAUCCUACAAUGUGGAAAAGACCUUAAUCGUGGAAUAGAAUUGAAAACAGUUCGACCCGGAGCAAUAAAACGUUUGGACCAUGAUGAUAGAAAUGGGACUGUAUUUUAUGCCUUUAUUGUGUUGUGUUUCAUGGGUUUUUUCUUGGCGGUGGUAUUUUAGAAUGUGGGUGAUGGAGCUACAAAGAUUUCUAGGAAAUCAAGGCCAGUGUGAGUAUGCGGAGCGUUGUGGCCCAGUGGAUUAUUCUUCGGACUUUGGAACAGAGGGUCGUGUGUUCAAAUCCCAGCCAUGGCGUAGUUUCCUCCAGAAAUAAAUUUAUCCACAUUGUGUUGUACUCAACCCGGGUGAGGUGAAUGGGUACCUGGCAAGAAUUUAUCCCUUGAAAUGCACUGAGCGCUGGAAGGCUGCUUGAGCUACAUCCGGGGUAAUAAUAUCCAAGUCCUUUGGAGACGUUAUUCAUAAUGUGACAAUGCGCUAUACAAGAAACGUCUAUUAUUAUUGUUGUUAUAGACUGUAGCAUCAUUUUGAGUUAUUUAAUUGUUGCUUGACAUCGAGUUAAAAAAACGACCGUUUCCUCCUUGUCGGUUGAUGGCCGCACUCUGCAAAAUUUCACAAAGCGACUUGAAUGUUUGGAAAUGUGAUAUUCCUUUUCAUCAAAAUACAUUUACAAUUUACUAUUGGUUGCAACGUUACCAUAAUCACUUAUGAAGUAUCAUAUCCAAUAUUUGAAAUUUGAUAUUAUCGAAUGAUAUUAUUGAGAAGAGAUACUUGGUUAACCCAAACUUACCAGGGCUAUUUUGCGAGCUUAAAGUCCCUGGGGGGGGGGGGGGGGGAGGUUAUUCCCAAUAAAUGCCCCCCACCAAGAUCUUGGCCGCGGAUCUCGCCAUCGCGACAAAAAAUUGCACGAAGGUAGAGAAUGGCAAAGGCCUAAUCUACAUCUACCCCGUUGCCCUUGUAAACUGCAAAAAAAUAAAUAUAUUUUUUAUAUGAAUGAAUUGUGCUAAUUCAUUCAUGAAAUCAUGCUUUUUGCUUUAAUUCACUGAAUAAAACUCCUAGAAAGCUAAUUCUUAGUAAAACAAAUAUUUUUAUGGCAACUGUAAAAGAAAAACAAAUCCGGUCCCAAGCUCAGUUUUUUAAUGUAUUUUAUUGUUUCAUUGAUUUCUUAUGUAUUUCCUUCUUUUAUCUUUUUUAUAUUUUUUUCAACAAAAUUCAUCGGGGGCAUUAUUUCAGUCAUGAAUAGCAUCAAAUUAAAUGACUGUUAUCAAUUAAAGUGAGAAUAAUCGCUUUAAUGAAUUUUAGAUGAAACAGAUUUUGUAUUGACUUUGUACAUAAUACUAGCCAUACGUUUUUUAGUUUUGGUCUGACAUGCACUUGGGUAAUAUUGCGUAAUAUCGUAACCACGUGCCUGGGCAUCACAAAUUUGGUCUCAAAAGUUGCGCGAGACUUGAGAGUAAAGGUAUAAAGUCAGCGAGUGGUGCGGUCAAAACGUCGAGGCUGAAACCCCCUUCCCCCGGUAAGUUAGGGUUAAGAUACUUGCAACUUCACUAUAUGAUAUAUUGUCAAGAAAAAUAGAAAUUAUUUUUUCAAUAUUAUUAACACCCCUUUUAAUCCAAAACAAUAUACUUUUUGAUGUUUACCGUAACUUAAUUAUAUGGUCUUUGCCUUUUAAAUUGUAAUUUCACACUCUCACUUUUAAAGACUGUACGACUGUACCUUACAUAUCUUAUUGCAAUAUUGUUUGGGGAUCCUGCAAGCAACACUUACUGAACCGCAUCAUUCUUCUUCAAAAGAGAGCAGUUCGUAUAAUAUGCCAUAAACCCUUUCUAAGUCAUAGCAGACCUCUUUUCUUGAAAUUAAAUAUACUCCCAAUUUCUUUACUAUAUGAUUUUCAAUUAUCUGUUUUUUGUCUCACCUGCAUAGCAGAGUGAGACUAUAGGCGCCGCUUUUCCGACGGCGGCGACGGCGGCGGCGGCGGCGGCGUCAACACCAAAUCUUAACCUGAGGUUAAGUUUUUGAAAUGACAGCAUAACUUAGAAAGUAUAUGGACCUAGUUCAUGAAACUUGGCCAUAAGGUUAAUCAAGUAUUACUGAACAUCCUGCCUGAGUUUCAUGUCACAUGACCAAGGUCAAAGGUCAUUUAGGGUCAAUGAACUUAGACCAUGUUGGGGGAAUCAACAUCAAAAUCUUAACCUAAGGUUAAGUUUUUGAAAUGUCAUCAUAACUUAGAAAAUAUAUGGACCUAGUUCAUGAAACUUAUACAUAAGGUUAAUCAAGUAUCACUGAACAUCCUGCAUGAGUUUCACGUCACAUGACCAAGGUCAAAGGUCAUUUAGGGUCAAUGAACUUUGGCCGAAUUGGGGGUAUCUGUUGAAUUACCAUCAUAACUUUGAAAGUUUAUGGAUCUGAUUCAUGAAACUUGGACAUAAUAGUUAUCAAGUAUUACUGAACAUCCUGUGCAAGUUUCAGGUCACAUGAUCAAGGUCAAAGGUCAUUUAGGGUCAAUGAACUUUGGCCAAAUUGGGGUAUUUGUUGAAUUACAGCCAUAAAUUUGAAAGUGUGUUGGUCUAGUUCAUAAAACUUGGACAUAAUAGUAAUCAAGUAUCACUGAACAUCCUGUGCGAGUUUCAGGUCACAUGAUCAAGGUCAAAGGUCAUGUAAGGUCAAAGAACUUUGGCCACGUUGGGGGUAUUUGUUGAAUUGCCAUCAUAUCUCUAUAAGUGUAUUGGUCUAGUUCAUAAAACGUGGAAAUAAGAGUAACCAAGUAUCACUGAACAUCUUGUGCGAGUUAUAGUAGUUUUCAAAAUCAGCACUGCUGUUAUAUUGAAUCGCGUGAUGCAGGUGAGACGGCCAGAGGCAUUCCACUUGUUAUGUAUUCCUAUUAUAACAACCCAAUAGAGAUAUACAUACAUAUAAUACUAGAAACUCAGCUAAUACUCGUGCAAUAUAUGGCCAUUAUUCUUUCUCAAACAACAUAUUUUUAUGUAGGGGUCCCAUUAUUUGGAAUAAGAUCCCUCAAAAUAUCAAGCAGUGCAAAACCCUUCAAAGCUUUAAAAGACAUUUAAAAAUACAUUUCAUGCAGAAAGUCUAAUACUAAUAGUAAUACUGAUAUAGAUACAAUUGUAUACUUUUGUUAUGUUUGUUGUUCUGUAUUUCCUUACUGCAUUUGUUUUUUUAAUUGUGUUGUUUUGUGUUAAUUUCAGGAUCACUUAUAAGUUCCUUGUAACUUUUCAGUGAUCCUUCCACUAUUCUUAAAUAUACUCAUUUUUGUUAAAAUGUAUUUUAUUGAAAUAUUUAAACUUCUUGAUUUGUAUGUUUUUUUUAUGAAGAUUGUGGUAAAUAAAGGUUCAAUUUCAAUUUCAAAACCAGCAACCUUUAAUACUAGCCCUACCCCCAAGUUUGGGGUAGAGCUCAUGUAUGGUCAGGUUCAUUACCCAUAAUGCAACAUUCUCAAAGUGUACUCUUGUAAUACAGGCCCAUUCAAAAACACUUUAGUUUCUCUACAAAGAAAAUGAAAUUAUGGGAUAAUUCAUCCUCUGCAUUACUAAUAGUCAAGCUUUAUUUUAAGACUAGUCAUUUAUAACACACAGUCAAUGAGAGACAACACAGUGUUGGUUAGUUAUGGAUAAUGAUAAUAUGUCAUUUACCUGUUACUUCUACUGCCCUGCAUUAACAUUCCUGAGUCAUGACCUGGUGGGUGUUUCAUAAUGGUGCCAGGUAAAAAUGGCAGAGGUAAAAUUGGCAGAGGUAAAAAUGGCAGAGGUAAAAAUGGCAGAGGUAAAAAUAAAAAUAGGUGUUACUUAGAUACCAUUAUAUCGACCUGUUUUGAAGGAGAAGGUCACCCUGACAAAUGGUUUACUGUAAAAACAGCAGAAAAUAUAUUGGUGAAGGUUUGAGGAGAACCCAUCAAAGAUUAAGAAAGUCAUUAAAAAUCU